GGAGGUGGAGGUGGAGGUGGAGGUGGAGGUGGAGGUGGAGGGGGAGGUGGAGGUGGAGGUGGAGGUGGAGGUGGAGGUGGAGGUGGAGGUGGAGGUGGAGGUGGAGGUGGAGGUGGAGGUGGAGGUGGAGGUGGAGGUGGAGGUGGAGGUGGAGGUGGAGGUGGAGGUGGAGGUGGAGGUGGAGGUGGAGGUGGAGGGGGGGGCCGGGAUCGAGGUGGUAGCAGGGGAGGCAAAAGAGGCAGCCAGUCAGGGAAGAAUGUCAUCUUGGAACCGCAUAGACAUGAAGGCAUCUUUAUUUGUCAGGGAAAGGAGGAUGCCCUUGUCACAAAGAAUCUAGUCCCUGGAGAAUCCGUAUAUGGGGAGAACAGAGUCUCUAUUUCAGAGGAAGAUUACAAAAUUGAGUACCGAGACUGGAACCCCUUCCAUUCCAAGCUGGCAGCAGCAAUCCUGGGGGGCAUAGACCAGAUCCACAUCAAGCCGGGGGGCCAAGGUUCUCUCUACCUUGGGGCAGCCUCAGGCACCACUGUCUCUCAUGUCUCUGAUAUUGUUUGCCUGGAUGGUCUGGUCUAUGCAGUUUUCUCCCUCCAUUCUGGCAGUGACCUCAUCAACUUGGCCAAGAAGAGGACCAACAUUAUUCCUGUGAUUGAAGAUGCACAGCACCCACACAAAUACCGCAUGUUUAUUGCAAUGGCGAAUGUGAUCUUUGCUGAUGUGGCGCAGCCACACCAAACCUGGAUUGUGACCCUAAAUGCCCACACCUUCCUGCGGAAUGAAGGACACUUUGUGAUUUCCAUUAAGGCCAACUGCAUUGAUUCCACGGCCUCAGCAGAAGUUAUGUUUGCAUCAAAAGUGAAGAUGAUGCAGCAAGAGAACAUGAAGCCCCAGGAGCAGUUGACGCUAGAGCCCUACAAACAGGACCACGCUGUGGUUGUAGGUGUGUACAGGCCACCUCCCAAGGCAAAGAACUGAAACUCAGAGCUGUCUGGAUUGGAAGAAAUGUGUGUUG